CUUGCUUCAUGCCCAUCAAACAUGGCCGCUUCCAGUGUUUUUAAAGCAGGACUUUUCAAUCACAAAGUUGCAAUUGUUACUGGUGGCGGAACUGGAAUAGGAAAAGCCAUCACUUCUGAGCUCCUGCAGUUAGGAUGCAGCGUUGUUAUAUCAUCCAGAAAGCUUGAGCGUCUAACAGCAGCAGCUGAAGAGCUUACACAGAAAAUCCCUCCAUCCAGUCCUGCCAAAGUGACACCUAUACAGUGCAACAUCCGCAAUGAAGAGGAGGUGAAGAAUCUUAUGGCAUCUACUCUAAAGCUUCAUGGGAAGAUUGACUUCUUGGUGAAUAAUGGUGGUGGACAGUUUUCCAGUCCGGUGAAUAUGAUGAGUUCUAAAGGCUGGAAGGCUGUGAUUGACACCAACCUCAAUGGAACAUUCUUAUGCUGCAAAGAAGCAUACAACACGUGGAUGAAAGACCAAGGAGGUGCCAUGGUGAACAUCAUUGCUGACAUGUGGAAGGGUUUUCCUGGAAUGGCGCACACAGGAGCCGCCAGAGCAGCUGUAGAUAAUCUGACCAAGAGUCUGGCGAUCGAGUGGGCUGCCAGUGGGGUACGGGUUAACUCUGUGGCGCCGGGAACUAUCAUCUCCAAAACUGCAAUGGAAAACUACAAAGAAUAUGGUCCCACUUUAUUUCAGAUGUCAGUUCCUUUCAGUCCUGCUAAAAGACUUGGUGUUCCUGAAGAGAUAUCUCCAGCCGUUUGUUUCUUGCUGUCCCCAGCUGCCUCCUACAUUACUGGAGCAACCCUGAAGGUGGAUGCAGGCCAGAGCCUCUACCACUCUAUAUGGGAAAUCGAAGACCACAGCGCUUGGCCCCAGGCCCCAGAGGGAGAAAAUACAGACACUUUAAAGGAAAUUAUGGACAAGACCAAAUCUAAACUGUGAAAUGUACUGGACUGUAUGACUGUGAUAAACAGCCGUUUUCUGAAUUUCAACAUUAUCAUUGCAUAAUUUUACUCUAAUACUCAUCAAGAGACUGUCUUGAACUUAAUAUACUUGUAAAUAUGUAUACAACUUUUUUUUGUAAAUAUGUAUACAUGUGGUACCGUUGAGUGUCAGGAUUAAUAUAAUAAUAAUAAUAUUAUAAAAAAAUGUCGUCAGUCGUCAAAAUAACAAGACAAUGAAAUAAAAAAAUGUUUUUCAAAAGUUCUGCUUUACAAAAAGUGCUUUGGCAAAUCCAUUGUAGAGCGGUUGAACUUAAAUGGUAAUGCAGUUUACUAAAGGAUUGCCACAUUCAUCUA